UAUGGGUCAGAUUCCAUUAAGGUUCGGAACACAGUGAAAAAAUGUAAACAACGUCCCAAAAUUCCUGAAUCAAACCCUUCAUGCAACUGCACCUACUAUAAAAAAGAAUUAGAAAUUCCUGAUUACGGCACGCAAACUGCACGUGCCGUGGACAAGUGCUGCUAUUGCCUGUACGCAAUACGUAAACCACGUGCCGCACACAAGUGCUUCUUGCCAGUAAUGGCUGCUUCGUCCACUGCCCCUUUGGCUAACAUAUUACUUAACAGCAUUGAAAACUUGCUGUUAGCAGAGCAGCAAGUUCAAAAUAAAGAUGUUGCACAACAGCAGAGUGAUGAUUAUGUCCUUGAAAACUUUUGGAAUAAUUUAAGUACAAUUUCUCAAAAGCUGUCCUUUGAAUGCACUAAGGUUGGCAUUUGCUUCACCAAAUCUCCAAUUCCAACAGCUAAUGAAACAUCAAGUCUCCUUACGUCUGUGGAGCAAGCUGUCCUCUCCUUGGUGUCUGUAUUCUACAGUCUCUCCCCAGUGUAUGGUAGUGUCCUUCAUUCUAAUGUCCAGUAUGCAGUUGUGCGAGCCAUUCAAGCUGCUCGGUUAUUGUUGAAGGUUAUAAAGGAUGAAGGGGGUGAAGCAAUACCUGAAAGGUACCAUCAGUCAACAGGUAUUGUAUGGCAGGGAUGCGAUCUAAUUGCAAAAUGUCCGCAAGAUAAUAAAGCAGCAGUUUUGAGAGAGUUACAUGGCCAAAACAAUCUUGUCUCGGAUGCCUUCACUGAAAUAUCAGAAGCACUUAAAGGGGAUGGAAGUGGAUGGAAUUGUUUAGAUGACAGUGAAGAUUAUAUGGAGGAGGAGGACAAGUGGACGAAUGAGGAUAAGGACCUCAUAGGGCCUUCUGUGAAUCUCAUCAAAGCUGCCAAGAUACUUUAUAAGAGAGUGUUAGCUGCAGUGGAGAAGAAUGGAUCGUGUGCCACUCCUGAUAAAGUGAAGGAGUUAGACCAAUUGUAUGAAGAUUGUAAACUUGUGUCCAAAACUGUUGACACAUUAAUCCUUGAGCUGUAUCCACCUCUGAAUGUAUCCAGUAUGGAAGAACAAUCUUGCCAGCUAGCAGACCUGCUGCGUACAGCCCUGAAGACCUGUGCUCAGAGUCACAUUGCCAGUGAAGCCGAACAGCCACACAUAGAUUUUUUGGACAAGGCUGUUGUACAUAAUCUUGACUGCAUGAAAGAAAAACUAAGUCAUAGAUAAUCAUUCGUCGAUUCAAGUUUUGUUAAUAUUCAGGAAUACAAUUGUAACCAUCAUUUACAAUGCAAGCAUUUAGUCUAGAGAAAUGCCUAGUAGGUAGAUCUUGCCUAGAGAAAUGCCUAGUAGGUAGAUCUUGCCUGGAGAAUGUUGUGUCUGUAAGAGCUUUAUACAAUUUAGCAAAUCUGUUGCCCAUGUUUCCUGUGUAUGAUGUAAUUAUGAAAGUUAGGGAAGCUAAACACAUUAGAGAAGAAUGUAUUGUAUUGGUACCCAUCUAAAAGCAGAAUAGAAGAGAAUUUAGCCUGGCUGCUCCACUUGCUAAAUACUUCAAGAAAUUAUGAAUUAAUUAAUCUGCAUAUCCAACCUGCACCACCUGGCUUUUUAUAAAGCCCUGCACCACCUGGCUUUUAUAAAGCCAGGCUUCAUAAAAGCCUGGCUUUCAUAAAGUAUUCCAAAUUACUUAAUUUGUUAUAAUACAGUACUUAGUUUUAUGUAAUGAAUGCCCUAUACUGGUAUUUCUACAGAAAGAAUGAAACCAAUACUUUUAAGUUUAUUAAAUCAAACAAAAUUUAACUUUAACACUGAACCACUGAUUUUUGUAGUAGUGGACAGUGUAGUAGGUUAAUGAAUGUCUCCAGCUUCUCCAGCUCGUGAGUUGAAGUAUUUGAACCAUUCUGGGCCAUGAAUAAUUGUUGGUAAAAACUUGAUAUUUUGAGUCUGAUGGUGCAGUGGUGUCUUAUCAGAAAACAAAGCUAAAUGUAUUCACCUCAUUGGAAGCCAAAAGUGUUAAGAUAUUCAAGUAAAUACUGUAAAUGUUAAAUUUAUGACUAUUGAUAUUGUUCAUUAAUAAAAAGAUGAGAUUUCUUUAAAUCA